GUUCUUCUGCCUCCUUUGGGGUUUAUCCCUUCAAUCUUACAGAGUAAAUCCUGUAGAUUGAGCCUGAUCACUCAUUUGUAGUGUAGAUCACUACGUAUCAGAGACGGUCUUUCCUAGGAUUGAUCAUGGAUGAUGGUAAUAGAUUUAAGGCUUUAGCUGAGCAAUUAGCUACUGUUCUUCAAGUUCAAAAAGUAAUUGCAAGGGCUCUAAAAUACACCAUCUCAUGUGCUUCUAGCCAAAUGCAAGACAAUUUUAGCAAGAGAAACGAAGAAAUUGUUGUUACUGGAGCGUGAGAUACAUUUGUGUCCAUCUGUUGAUGAGAAUUGGGAAUCAAAUUCGUGGGAGAGCUUUGAAUUAAUUGGAUCUUUGUUGAAGAAAGUGACGCUGAUUGAGAAAGAAAUUGAUGAAAAGCUUGAAGGAGCUCCAAUUGAUUCAAGUUCAGAAGGAGAUAUCGUUCACAAUUCUUCAGAUGAAGGUAAUUACAGCUCUAAACCCAAAUCUGACUUCUCAAUUGUUAAUGGAGAUGCUGUUACAUAUGUUCAAGACUACAAUUCUCAUGCGGUCAAUCUAGUUUCUCCUUAUUCUGAAUUGGAAGGGAAGAUAGAAACCAAAUUUUCAGAUUACCAAGAUGGUAAACCCUUCAAUCCUGGAGCUAAUUUUUUUGGUGGGUUUUCAAAUUAAUAGCGUUGAAUCUCAUGAGCAAGCUAAUGUUCUCUGUACUAGUUCGGGACUUCAUGUCGCAAGGGCAAAACAAUCUAGCAAUGCACAACAUCUAGUCGACUACAGGCCUACUCUUCAUAACUGGAGUCUUAAUGGUGAUAAUGGUUUUGUGCUUCUCCAACAACGGAAUCAGGAAGAACUGUCACCUGGCUUACACUGCACUUCUACUACCACUCACGAAAGUUGGUUAGAUCAGUUCCUUAAGCAAGUUUAUAACCCAGCAAAGGUGUGGUCAUCACAAGUUAUGGCAGGAUUUGAACUAGAAUCUAGAAUUCCUUGGUUCUAUGUCUAUCAUCUUGUGGGGGUUUCCUUAGUUGCUAAAAGAUAUUGUAAACUCUUGAAGCUCAAGAGGGGAUCUGGUUUACUGAAAAUGCCAGGUAGGGUAACAAGGAGUUUGAGUAGUGAAAGAUGUUUCUAUUGUAGCUUGGAUGUUGCUGGGAAGGUAUUUGAUAGAGGAAGGUUGCUGGAACUGAUUAAGAGGUACUAUUACGACAGAAGCAGCUUUGAAUUCAGUUUUGGUAUACUUAAUUUUAGUUUCGUUGAUCUUAAUGGGUUCAUUUUCAUGGAUACUUAUGAUGGAAGACUUGUUUAUGAGAUUGUACUUCAGCUUGGUUAUGGUUUAGAACUGUUCUUAGUGGACUCGAAUAUGUUUUCGCUUGUUGAAAAGGGUGGCAGUCAGGAUGAUUGCAAGUUUUCAGAUAGAAGGCGUCAACAAGUACAGGGGAGUGGGAAGGUACGAAAGCUUUCCGACAAAAUUGCAAAUUAUGUAGCUGGGAGUUUGAGUAGAGUUGGUGUAUGGAAAAUUCCCUUGAAGGAGCUUAGGUACCUCCAAGUGUUUCUUAUUUCAAUUCCCACAGUGGUGAAAGGUCAUAUUUAUCUUUCAGAAAUCAUGUUGUUGCACGUUUCCUUGCUCACAUCUGAAAUUUAUGAGAGUCAUUCGGUUCGUGCAAGACACAUAAUGCAAAUUUUUUCUUCCACUUGGAGUUGUUUGUACUUGUUUCAAUGUGCUCAGUAUUUUACUUCUUGUUACAACCCUAUGGUGGGAAUGAACACCUCUUAUUCCACUCGCUGCUUACUCCCUUGCUACAAUUCCUUGCCAGGUUGGGAGUAUGAUGAAGCAACAGAAAGUUAUAGCUGGACCAGAUUUCUCGCAAGGUUAGUGGGUACUCAGGUCUUACUCCUGGUGAUUCAAAUUAUAAAUGUACUAAUGUUGAUGGAUUUCUUGAGGUGUAAAUUCAAAUUACUUACAACCAGUUUAUGGAGUAUGGGAAAUGGCAGUAGUUAUGAAUGGAUUGUCACUGAGUUAGAACCUAAAGUACCUAGUUUUAUGGGUUGUAGUAAUAAUCCUUGGUGUUCAGGCUGGAAGGAUGUCAUUGUAAGAGUGGUGAGAAUCAAGAAGAUGCUUGUAAGAAAUUGCUUAUAUGUAAAAAAGAUAUAUAGUUCCACUGAUACUGGUAGAGGGGAACUGCAUUGCAGUCAGUUGUGGCUAGUAGUAUUCUGGACCUUACAGGAAUUUUCGGCAUAUAUUGCAAGUUUAACUUCUAUUGCAGUUGAACUCCACAUCAACAUGGUUAUCAUACACAGUUUUGAAGAAAAUGGCCUGGAGGGAAGUUUCCUUGUUGAGAUAUUGUUCGUCCAUUGCAAGAAAGAAUGUAGAGAGUGGGAUCUGGAACCAACUGCUUCACUAAUUCAUAUUGUCUGCAUCAAUCUACGCACUUACUCCACAAACACUGAAUGUGAUGAUGUCACUACCAAGAGGAAAGUGUGUUAUGUUUGUGAUUACACUCAGGAAAUGAUUAAGUUAGAGGUCUUUUGGGAAGUUCUCAGAUUGUUGGAUUCGCUAAUUCGAGACAAGAGGCAUGUGGAAGCAGUGGGUAAGCUGAUAUGGCAACUUAAUAAUGUUGUGUCUAGUAAGAUGAGGAUCUUAAGUGCGAAAUUAUGGCAAUCUGAUAUUAAUGUUGAGAAAGAGGAACAUGACCUCAUGUCAAGGAUUCAGUUAAUGAUAAUAGCGCACAAUUCAGCAUCAUGUGGUGUCGAGGAAGGCUGGAUUAUGUCAAGAGUUGCUUCAGGUUUGGUACGAAAUUCUUCCUUAGCCUUGUACUUCUGGAGGUACAAAAGCAACUACUUGGAUAAGUACGGACUUGGGUUACAUAGCUCAUAUUUUGCUGGUGAUUUUGAAUUCCUUUCAAGUCGAGAGUGGCAGCAGUUAUACUGGAACAUAGGAUACAUGAACUGUAUCAAGUGCAUUAUAGAGACAGCUGGGGUUUUUGUUGCGAAUACUCAACCUCUUUUUAAGCAACUGCAGACCUCCAUAUAUCAUGGAACAACAGCACGAGAGCAAGAAGAGGAUGUCAACUCCAUGUCAGCUAGUGCAUUACAGAAAUUCUCAAUUCCUUUUGCAAUUUCAGGUCCUACUUCUGUUGAUGGUCACAUCACUGGGGUUAUUAUGCACAAGUUCAGAAGAAAAGUGAUAGUGAUGUACCACAACUUCAUGACACUUCAGUUGCAGCAGCUGACAACGUUUCCUAUUGAAAUGGCCAGAAAGUUUGAGUUACUUGUCGGCAAGGGAGUAGUUAAUCUCUUAACAGUGGGAAUAUGCUUGUAGCAACUCCUCCACAUGCAGGGUUAUUACAUGGAAGUAAACAUGAAGAUUCAUGUUCAUUCCUCGGCUGGUGGAGGAUGGAUUAAAUUUGAAGGACUACAAUCAAGCUUGCCGACUACAGAUCAGGCGAACGAUUCCAGCUUGUCUUGGACCUGGGUUCUGAAGUUUGUGAAGUUCACAUUUCCUACUAUAUUCGAGAUAGAGCUGCAAGUCUUCAACAGUUGUGCUCUUCAUGGGUUGUCUCAUUUCAUAUCCUUGAGGACAAGGAUGGUUUGAAGGGGUGGGAAUUUUUCAUGUCCCGGUUAUGGGCUGUCCACUUGUUAAGGGCAGACCGUAUGCUAUUUAGUAAACAUAGUGUUAGUAGCGAGCGUGUGAGCGGCACGUGCCAGUGUGAGUCUGUUUUCUCUUUCAAGUCUUUGAGCUUCUGUAAUGAAAACUUAAUCGAAUAGAAUUAUUGUGUCUGU